AUUUCUCGAACCCAACACUGAUCACGCACAGGCAGUUGAGUUGUCCAGAUCUUGGUUUUGGCACAAGGCUGCAGGACGGUUUGUACAACAAAAGAAGAUAAUUUGUUCUCUCAGUAGUAUAUACUAGGUAGUAUAUUAAUUAGGUAUUAUACUUUUACUUUGUGUGCUACAAAAAGCAUCAAAUUAUUGCUAUUUACCGAUUCUACAAUUGUCAUCAUUCUCUACAAAAUGUCUAUGAUCAAUCUUGAAAGUUCCGAUAAACAAAUCUUCAAAGUUGAACGCAAAGCAGCUGAACAGUCAAUCACUAUCAAGACUAUGCUGGAUAGUAUGUGUUCAACCGAAGAAGAUGAAAAUGAAGUAAUUCCUUUACCUAAUAUUAAUGGCCCUAUUUUAAAAAAGAUUACAGAAUGGAUGACUUAUCAUAAAAAUGAUCCAUCAUUAAAUGAGGUAGGAAAUUUAGAAAAGAGGACUGAUAUCACAAAUCAAUGGGACAAGAAAUACUUGUCGGUCAAUAAGGAAACAUUAUUUGAACUACUUCUUGCUGCAAACUAUCUUGAAAUAAAGGGUCUAAUCGAUAUUAGUUCCAAGGCUAUAGCUAAUGUAAUUAAAGGCAAGACAUCAGAUGAGAUUCGUAGAGCUUUUAAAUUUAAUCAAAUGGCUAGAAAAGAAGAAAACUCUGAUGAAUCUGAAUCUGAGCAAGAAACACAAAAUAUUAACAACGAGGAGCUCAAAAAACUCGUAGAAAAGAUUGAAGAAGUUUAGUGUAAUACAGUAAAUGAAGUCAUGAAAGAAGCAUUCAGACAUGUACAAAAAAUUAAAGAUGAAAAUGUAGUAUGAUGUUUUUUUCUAAAACAAAAUUAUCAAGACUUUUAUCAAGAUGAAGUGUUCAACUAUUGAUAUUAUUCUGCUUUAUUUUUAAUAAUUUAUGAUCCUUAAACAUUUUAUAUUACAUUUUAUAUAGUUACAAAUAAGUCUAAAAUAGUUUGAGACUUCGUCUGUUUAAUAAAAAAAAUUGAAUUGCUAGAUUAGAUUUUUAUUUUAAUGUGGUAAAAAAAAUACAUUAAAUGCUAUUUCAUAAAAUCAAGCUGUAAUUUCUACCAAUUUCAUUUAACAAAUGGUAUAACGAAAAAUAUUGUCUAAAUAAUUUGAAGAAAAAAACAUUAAUCAUUUUAAACAUUGUCAAAUUUUUACAAUUAAUGGAUUUCUAAACUAGUUUUUUUAACUCUCUCA